AUGAAGCCAGCCACCGCUACAAAGUCCCCCAAUGGUCGUGGGAGCCUCUACAAGGAGGUUCGCUUUUCGCCUACGCCAACUCCCGUCCGUCGAACACAGUCAGUACCGGACACCCAUCUCGACUCGAGGUCAAACUAUACUGGCGGCCCAGAUAUAGAAGCAGCCAGUUAUUCAGUUGUAAGCGCUGAGUACCUAAGACAAGUACGGUCGCUCCUCGAUCGCCAGCGGGCAAACUUCGAGCAUGAGAGGAAGCUAUUCAACGAGGAACGACAUCUAUGGGAGAAUGAACGUGCGCUACUAAACCAGAGGAUCUCUGAAUUAGAGUCGCUGCUCAAGGGUAGGGGAUCCACAGGGACCGCCGCUACUAGUACAGCCGCGCUCCCGACCGGCACUUUUCAACAUUAUGCAUCAUCAUCAUCAUCUGCAUUUCACAGCCAAUUCAGUCACCCACUUUCGGCAGACCAUACUGGUUCUUCUCACCCGACAAGUACCCAAGUGUGGGAAGGCUCUAGCCCUGGCAGCAAACCCACGAGGGUAUUCCCUAACGUGGAGAAGACAGACUUCUCAGGUCUCCUAUUUCCGGAGCAAGGAGGCAAUCCAUCGGUCUCUGCGCCAUCCUUGGACGCUGCCCUUUCACCCAAGUCCCAUGCGACUGACUUGACCUCGAGCACAUGCGUGCCUGUCCCAAUUGAGAGGCUUGAUAGCAAACUCGACGGGAUCACGCUCAAGUCCUCGGCUUUGCCGCCAGAAAUUGUCGCUCGAGUAAUUACGCCACCAUCGCCACCAUCCCUCGAGGGCUCUCCAUCACUUUCUUCCAGACCCUCUGCUGAGCACCGCAACAGCCUCAAACUGAAACUGUCUGAACUUGGGCCCCCAGAGUUUAACCUGACCAGGAACGCCGGUCACACACCCAUGGCUAGGAUCGAUCGGGACGUCGACACGGAGCAGCCGUCACCCCAGGAGACCGCGAACGAGGAGGAACCCCUCGCUUCGGAAGCGCCUCGGCAACCUGCAGAAAACUCCGACUCGUACUUUGGGGAUUUGGCGGAUGACCCUGCCCUGAAGGGGCCACUUACCUUGCUGAAUGAGGAAGAGCAUGAUAGUGAGUUUCUGAAGGAGCUUGAUCAGAAGCUUCUGGACCAGGUCAAGCAGGCCCUUGGCUAUCCCCGAAGCACUGAUCAGAAACAGGCUGAAGUCGAGCCCCCGAGUCAGGGUGAUGAGCCCGAAUUAAGGUUCAAGAAUACGACGAACUUUGGUACGGCUUUUGGGAAUUCGGACUGUGGGAAGGUGUAG